GAGUCAUCGAUCGCCAUAUACCCGACUACGAUUCCCGUAUUCACUUCAUGCCAGUCUCCUGACAAAUCUUGGGGGUUUCCAGAUUCGCAACAGCAAUGUCGCCACUCGGAUCAUCGCGUUGAAAAGAUGGCUCUAAGGUCUCCGGGGCCCGCGGCGGCCGACGCCCAGCCCACUCUCCUCUACCUUAACCACAUCCAUGUCCAAUAAUAACGCCAUCUCUGGAGACGAGACAAGAACUUCGAGUCAUAUUAACGUUGGUCAUUCAACACUUCGGCUAGCCAAAUCCCUCUUGGGCUUUACUCCUGCCAAGUCCCAUCGUAUUUCACUUACGCUACAAGCAAUUUCGAGAUGAGUUUGGGGCAUGAUACAUGCCACAUGGACCACAUGGUACGUGCCGGUAACAUUUUGUUACCGUUGCCGGCUUAGCUUCCUCUGUCAUGUCUCCACGGGAUUUAAAGCAAUCCGAAUCCUCACACUUGAAUUGGAUUUACAAAGUCUCUACCCUGGCCAUGUCAGAGCCUCACUGACGCAAGAAACUACAUCAUAUGUCCAUAUUGUCUCGGAAAAUGCAACCUACCGGCCGGCCAACCUAACUUCGACGCCGUAAUGUCAAAAUCCACCACAGCCUUUCCACCAGAAGGAUAUCUAAAUUCGCGAUUCAUCCACUAGAGUAAUUAACCGCGAGUCGUCGUACCCAGCAAGCUAUAUCUUCAAGUUUCCAGGUCAACUCUGGCUAUACCACCACCGCCUCGUGCUUCCUUGGGAAGAACUCAACCACAAGCAUCAGUCCUUUGGCCAGAGCAACUUUGAAACAUGUCUGAAAGCCCCGAGAAGCGAUCUGAUGGCAAUGGUCAGGUUCAGUCGCCAUAUUCAGACAGCGUCACCCCUGCCUCCCAAAUAUCACAGUCUUCACUACCAAACUCAGAGAAGUACGACGAUCGAUUAGAGGACCACAACGACCAAGCCACACGAGAGGACUACGUCGCUACCCUUGCUCGAACCUUCACAAACCAGUCCGAGCAAUUACACAUACAAAGUCCCUUUCACACUAAAAAGGGAGGCCCCUUGGAUCCGACUAGCCCAGCAUUCAAAGCUCGUGAAUGGGCGAAAGCCUUCUAUACUGCGGUAUCAAGCUCGGCUCCACGGCGUGUCGCUGGUGUUGCAUUCUCAUCCUUGAAUGUCUACGGCCAUGGAAGCCCCACCGACUACCAACCCAGCGUUGGCAACAUCAUCUUUAGGCUCCCUUCCUUGGUACCUCGCCUAUUUGGAAACAGAGAAAGGAGAAUUGACAUUCUCCACAAUAUAGAGGGAGUCGUACAUCCCGGCGAGAUGCUUUGUGUUCUCGGACCACCUGGGUCAGGUUGUUCUACCUUGCUUAAAACUAUUGCUGGUGACACCUAUGGUCUUUACCUAACUUCAGACUCAUCCCUCAACUACCAAGGCAUCCCACCAGCCAAGAUGCAUAACGCAUUUCGCGGCGAAGCGAUCUAUACAGCCGAAGUCGACGUCCACUAUCCGAUGUUAUCCGUCAAUGACACGCUCUUUUUCGCUGCCUUGGCCCGAGCCCCGUAUUCUUUACCCGACGGCGUCCAUCGAAAGUUCUACGCUACUCACCUUCGCGAUGUUAUCAUGGCCAUGUUUGGUAUCAGCCACACAAAGGACACACCAGUCGGUAACGACUUCGUCCGCGGAGUCUCUGGCGGUGAACGAAAACGUGUGACUAUCGCGGAGGCGACACUUAGCAACGCGCCUUUGCAGUGCUGGGAUAAUAGCACGAGAGGCCUAGACAGUGCUAAUGCGGUGGAAUUCACAAAGACAUUACGCCUGCAAAGUGAUGUGUUUGGCUUCACCUCUUGUGUUGCGAUCUAUCAAGCUCCUCAAAGUGCCUAUGAUUUAUUUGACAAAGUUACCAUUCUCUACGAGGGCCGCCAGAUCUACUUUGGCCGAGCACAGGCUGCAAAAGCCUAUUUCCAGGAUUUAGGAUUUCAAUGUCCAGAUAACCAGACCACUCCAGACUUCCUGACGUCCAUGACCAAUCCGGUCGAAAGAAUCAUCAAGCCUGGGUACGAGAACACAGCACCCAGAACAUCCGAGGACUUUGCCGCCCGUUGGAGAGACAGCAAACCCCGUCAUGACCUACUUGCAGAGAUAGAUGCCUAUAACAACGAACACCCCAUGAAGGGAGAUAGUUACAACAAAUUUGUCAGCUCCAGAGUUGCAGAGAAGUCGACCAUGCAGAGGAAAAACUCUCCAUAUACACUGUCAUACUGGCGUCAGAUCCAGCUGUGCGUCUGGAGAGACGUCCAAAGAUUAAAGGUCGACCCCUACACAACGAUAGUCAUGCUCAUCGGCAAUUUCUUCGAAGCCAUAAUCAUUGCCAGCAUCUUCUUCAACCUGCCAGCCAACACUUCAAGCUUCUUCGCCCGUGGUGCGGUUCUCUUCCUGAUGGUUCUUCUCAAUGCCUUUGGCAGUUUGAUUGAGAUUAUCGGUCUCUAUGCUAAGAGAGCCAUCGUCGAAAAGCACAAUCGCUACGCAUUAUAUCAUCCCAGCGCGGAAGCGUUGGCUAGCUUACUUGUCGAUAUGCCUUACAAGGUUACCAACGCCAUAUUCGUCAACUCUACCUUAUAUUUCAUGGCCAAUCUGCGACGCGAGGCUGGCGCCUAUUUUUUCUUCUUGCUGCUGUCGUUCACGCUAACUCUGUCCAUGUCCAUGUUCUUUCGACUCUUCGCCUCGAUUACAAAGACACUUGCGCAAGCUUUAUCCCCUGCAUGUAUUGUACUGCUUGGCAUGACACUGUAUACAGGAUUCACGAUCCCUGUGGAAUACAUGCGUGGAUGGGCGAGCUGGUUGAGAUUCAUUAAUCCGAUCUACUAUGGAUUUGAGAGCGUGGUUCUCAACGAAUUCCAUGGAAGAGAGUAUACAUGUUCUCAAUACAUCCCAUCUGGACCUGGAUACGAAGAUGUCGCAUUCGGAAACCGAGUGUGUGCCACCGUCGGUGCACAACCUGGCUCGACGUUCGUCAGUGGUACCGAGUAUGUCAGAAGUACAUUUAGCUAUGUCAACUCUCACCGAUGGCGCAACUUUGGCAUUCUGGUCGCCAUGACGAUUGGACUGACGAUUGCACACCUUGUUGUUUCCGAACUUGUGGCUUCUACUCGCUCCAAAGGAGAAGUCUUAGUCUUUCGCCGUGGCAAACACCAUAUUGCCAGAGCACAACGGUCUCGUCCAGAUGAAGAGCGCACAGUUGCUCCAGUGGUGCAGAACGAGGUCCACGAUAGCAAUGCCGAUGCCGAUACUAAUGGUAAUGCUACUGCCGCUGGAGUCGAACGACAGACGGCGGUCUUCCACUGGCAGAAUGUCAGCUACGAAAUCAAGGCCAAGGGCCAGCAGAAACUCAUCUUAGACCGUGUUGAUGGCUGGGUCAAGCCUGGUACACUGACCGCGUUGAUGGGCGUUUCGGGUGCUGGAAAGACGACUUUGCUGGAUGUGCUUGCAAGUCGCACCACUAUUGGCGUUAUUACAGGCGAGAUGCUGGUGGAUGGUCAGCAGCGUGAUGGCUCGUUCCAACGGAAAACCGGCUAUGUGCAACAGCAAGAUCUCCACCUACACACUUCGACGGUCCGAGAAGCACUCGAGUUCAGUGCUCUGCUUCGACAGCCAGAUCACUAUAGUCGCCAAGAAAAGCUCGACUAUGUCGACACUGUCAUUGGACUACUCAAUAUGCAAGACUAUGCUGAUGCCGUGGUUGGAGUGCCGGGGAGUGGACUCAAUGUUGAACAGCGGAAGAGGCUAACGAUCGGGGUGGAGCUCGCCGCCAGACCGUCAUUACUUCUAUUUCUGGACGAACCUACUUCUGGCCUCGACAGUCAGACAUCUUGGUCUAUCUGUGAUCUCAUGGAGAAGCUAAAGGGAAACGGCCAAGCGAUAUUAUGCACCAUCCAUCAACCUUCAGCAAUCUUGUUUCAGCGGUUUGACAGGCUCCUGCUGCUAGCACAGGGAGGUAAAACGGUCUACUUCGGAGAGAUUGGAUACAACUCACGGACCUUGGUCGAGUAUUUUGUCAGGCAUGGGGCAGAAGACUGCCCGCCUGGUGUCAAUCCAGCGGAAUAUAUGCUCGCAACCAUUGGUGCUGCGCCUGGAGCUCACACUGACACCGACUGGCCGGCUGUGUGGCGACAAAGCAAUGAGUAUGCCCAGGUACAGGCUGAACUUGCAAAACUCCGAGGUUUGGCCUCAGUCUCGAAGGACCAGAGUCACCGCCGCGAGUCAGACUAUGCGGACUUUGCAGCAUCAUUCAGCCAACAACUGUGGCUGGUUUUGCUGCGAACAUUUCAACAAUAUUGGAGGACGCCAUCUUAUAUUUAUUCCAAGGCGAGCAUGGCCGUGAUCUCAACCCUUUUCAUUGGCUUCUCCUUUUUCCGGAGUGACAACACGCAACAAGGUCUUCAGAAUCAGAUGUUUGGAGUCUUCUUGUUUCUGUUUGUUCUCAUCCAGCUGAUUUUCAUGACCAUUCCGAUCUUUGCGGUGCAAAGAACGAUUUAUGAGUCGAGAGAGCGUCAAGCACGAACUUAUCAUUGGUUGACGUUUGUCAUCUCCAACGUCUUGGCUGAAAUUGUGUGGAAUAGUGUUUUGGCAGUGUUUUGUUUUGUGACAUGGUAUUAUCCCAUGGAGCUAUACCGCAACGCAGAGUGGACCGACUCUGUACACAUCAGAGGGUUCCUCACCUUCCUUUAUGUGUGGGCGUCUUUCCUCUUUGCCGGGACAUUUGCACAGGCCCUCAUUGCGGGUGCUCCGUCAGACGAGAUCGCCUCAGCUGUGGGAAAUAUUAUGUCCAUUAUGAUGUAUGCCUUUUGUGGCAUUCUUGCAGGGCCGGACGCACUGCCUGGGUUCUGGAUCUUUAUGUACCGGGUUAACCCUUUCACAUACUUGGUGGACGGCUUGCUUUCAACGACGCUCGCUAACGCGCCGGUCACCUGCGCAUCCAAUGAGAUACUUCGCGUCGACGCCCCGGCCGGAGAAUCCUGCGGAGAUUACAUGGCUGAAUACAUCCAGACAGCUGGUGGCAAUGUCCUCAAUCCGAACGUUGUGGGUGGAGGAGACGAGCAGUGCGGGUUUUGCCAACUGACCAACACAAACCAGUACCUGAGUUCCAUCAGCGUCAACUUCUCUCUAAGAUGGAGGAAUUUCGGGCUGCUGUGGGUCUAUAUUGUAUUCAACAUCGGAGCAGCGUUGGCAUUUUAUUGGUUGUUUCGGGUUCCUCGAAAAGGAAAGGCGAAGCAGGCGAAAUGAGAGGGUUUGUACUUGUAUUGGGGCUUGGGAAUGGCUGGGAUAGGAUCGAUUAGAUAUGUACUUGUCAAAGCCCUGCUGCCAUUGACAUGAGGAGCAGAUGUCGCUUGACAAGGUAAAAGUUAGUGUGUAUAAUAUUCACUAGAAUAGAUUCCGA